AUGCCCGGCGCCGAUAGCCACCCACAGCUCGCAGCAAGCAUUCGAGCUCGACGACGUGCCAUGGCCGAAGGCAGGGCAGCCGCAGACGACGCCGAGGCGCCUGAAAGAGACGAGUCGAUACCGCCCGUCGCCAGGACCCAGUCCAUGUUUCUGCGGAUGCGGACAGAAACGCAUUACCAAGAGAUCGCGACUCUGCUGCAGGAGCUCUACUCCAGCCCGACCAAGGCGCUCCUGGUGUUUGCUCCCGCGGGCAUAGCGGCGGGCUUUCUGCGUCUUCACGUCGUCGUCGUCUUCGCCCUCAAUUUUAUCGCCCUCGUGCCUCUUUCCGCCCUGGUUCUCUACACCAUUCUCGCAUUUACCGCCGACUACGCCCUGCUCGGCGGACUGCUGCGCGCCGUCUUUGGAAAUGCUACUGAACUUACGCUCGGCAUGUGCGCUUUGCUGCAGGGCAAAGCGCAGCUCGCGCAAUGGAUCAUGAUUGGAAGUAUUUUGACAUAUUGCCUCUUUGUGCUGGGCUUCAGUUUUCUCGUGGCUAGCUACGGGAAGAAAAAGGAGCCCUUUAGCAGAACCCGGACCUCCAUCAUGUCGUCCCUCGUCAUGAGCGGUUCGAUCUGCCUCGCGAUCCCGACUGUGAUUGCCAUGGCUGUCGAGGAGAAGCACCACGCCGACAAGGUCAACAGGGACCCUCUGUUUCUGUCGCGCGCCACGUCCCUCGUCCAAAUGUUCCUGUUCCUGGCAUACCUUGUGUUUCGCUUCCGAACGCAUAAUCGCAUCUUUCCCCGGAACCCCAACGCCCCUCGUCUCAGCAGGACCAGUACUGGCGUCUCAUCUGGAUCCGGGUCGAGCCGUGGAUCUGGCCCAUCUCAUGUGAACAUGACCCUCGUGGGUCUGGGGGCUCUUGCAUUCACCGCCCUGUGUAGCUAUUACCUGGUACGGAGCUUGGCUGGAGCUACCAAGGCUCUGGGCGUGUCCGAGUCCUUUGCGGCGCUGGUCGUGGUGCCCCAGGCCGGCAGCUUGAUGAAGGCGGUUACCAUCAUCAGGCACACUCGAUCCAGUGCCGAUGCGUUGCCGAGUGGCAUGGGCCGUCUUGACUUUGCCAUCCGUUCCAUCAUGACCAACGUUUUCGACACGGAGCUCUUCAUCCUGCCUAUGCUGGUCCUCCUUGGCUGGGCGGUGGGCGAGCCUAUGAAACUGAGUUUUGGACUUUUCGAAGCCGUCAUAUUCUUGAUGGCCAUCUUGACCAUGACGUACCUGGUACAGCAUGGGAAAACAACGUAUUUUGAAGGAAUCAUGCUCAUGGGGACGUAUGUACUUUGCAACAAGUCGACGCCUGCUGCCCGGGUUUGCUAA